GCGCUUGUUCAAACCGGAAGUCCUCUCUCUCCUUUUCCGCUCAGACCCGGCGCCAGAGACACGAGUCUUUUCGCGUCUUUUCUGUUUUUCUGGAGGAUUUUCGCAGCUCGAGGAGCCGAGAGGAGAAUUUAACCUCAGGAUGAAGCCCAUCCUGCUGCAGGGACAUGAGCGCUCCAUCACCCAGAUCAAGUACAACCGAGAGGGAGACCUGCUGUUCUCUGUGGCUAAAGACACAGUGGCCAAUGUGUGGUACUCGGUGAACGGCGAACGACUCGGGACUUACAACGGACACACAGGAGCCGUGUGGUGUGUGGACUGUGACUGGGACACAAAAAGUGUGUUGACGGGCUCCGCAGACAACAGCUGCAGACUGUGGGACUGUGAGACUGGGAAACAGAUGGCUCUGCUCAACACCAACUCCGCCGUCAGGACGUGCGGCUUCGACUUCAGUGGAAACAUCAUCAUGUUCUCCACAGACAAGCAGAUGGGCUACCAGUGUUUCCUCAACUUCUACGACCUGAGGGACCCGCAGCAGAUCGACGACAACCAGCCGUACCUGAGCCUCCCCUGUAACGACACAAAGGUCACGAGCGCGGCGUGGGGCCCCCUGGGGGAGUUUGUGAUCGCAGGCCACGAGAACGGAGAGAUCAGCCAGUACAGUUCAAAGUCGGGGGAGGUCCUGAAGAAGGCCAAGGAGCACAGCCGACACAUCAACGACCUUCAGCUCUCUGUGGACCUCACCAUGUUCAUCAGUGCCUCCAAAGACUGCACGGCGAAGCUGUUUGACUCCAUGUCUCUGGAGCACAUAAAGACCUUCAAGACGGAGAGACCCGUGAACUCGGCCGCAAUUUCCCCCAUCAUGGAUCACGUGGUGAUGGGCGGUGGUCAAGAAGCCAUGGACGUCACAACAACAUCCACCAGGAUUGGAAAGUUCGAGGCCAGGUUCUUCCACGCGGCUUAUGAGGAGGAGUUCGGCCGAGUGAAGGGUCAUUUUGGUCCCAUUAACUGUGUGGCCUUUCACCCAGAUGGAAAGAGUUACAGCAGCGGUGGAGAGGAUGGUUACGUCAGAAUUCAUUACUUUGACCCACAGUACUUCGACUUUGAGCUGGAAGCGUAAAAACACAGAACGAUCCCACAGAACGAUCCCACAGAACGAUCCCACAGAACCCUUCAGCUUCAGCCAAAACUGGACUUUAAACAUCUGCAGAGGGGCGUUUUUACAUGUGGACACUUAGGGGAGCUGUAGCGCUUCUUCAAAUUAAAGUUUCACAUUUAUUUUCUUGUCCUGGAUUCUUCUUCAGUUUGAUUUUAAUCCCACUCCCCGUUUGAUUAUUUAAUACAAAAUCAUGAAAACACCGAUGCUGUUUUCUGAUGUCAUUCCAUUGCUACUCACGAUAAAGUUGUUUAUCC